AUGUGUUUUACUUGCCUUGCUCCCGUCUUGCAGAGUUCCAAAGUGCUUGCGAAGAAGGAGCUCUCCUACAUGCCUAUCAUUGGCUGGAUGUGGUAUUUCCUAGAGAUAGUCUUCUGCAAGCGUAAGUGGGAGGAGGAUCGGAAAACAGUCAUGCAGAAGUUGCUGAAUCUCCGGGACUACCCUGAAAACUUUUGGUUCCUGAUUCAUUGCGAGGGGACAAGGUUCACAGAACAGAAGCACCAGAUUAGCAUGCAGGUAGCUGAAGCCAAAGGCCUGCCCAAGCUCAAGUAUCACCUCCUGCCACGAACAAAAGGAUUUGCUGUCACCGUGCAGUGUUUGAGAAAUGUAGUUUCUGCAGUUUAUGAUUCUACCCUGAAUUUUAGAAAUAAUGAGAAUCCAACAUUGCUGGGAGUUCUAAAUGGAAAGAAAUACCACGCAGAUUUAUAUGUAAGGCGGAUUCCACUAGAGGAAGUCCCAGAAGAUGAGCAGGAGUGUUCUAACUGGCUCCACAAACUGUAUCAAGAAAAGGAUGCAUUCCAGGAAGAGUACUACCGCACAGGAACUUACCCAGCAGUCCCUAUAGUACCACCCCGACGACCAUGGACACUUUUGAACUGGCUUUUCUGGGCCUUAUUGCUGCUAUAUCCUUUAUUCAAGCUGCUCAUCAACAUGAUCAACAGUGGAUCAUCAGUGACUCUGGCUAGUUUUGCGUUUGUCAUUGUAAUGGCUUCUGUUGGUGUCAGAUGGAUGAUAGGUGUCACAGAAAUUAACAAGGGCUCCACCUAUGGCAACAACGACAACAAGCAGAAACAAAAGUAGUAUCUUCAGAGACUGCUUCAAUCCAAAGGGAGCAAAUGCAAUGGCUGAAAACUCUUAAGUGCGUAUCAUGGUCCUUCAAGUGAGAUCAGAGGAAGGGUAGGAUGAGCAAUUGCCAUGUGUAUCUGAAUUUGUGCUCCUGUUACUUUUCUCUGGGGGUUUUGGCUGGUUGACACGCUUGAAAGAUGCACUCCUUCGUCACCUCUCCACACCAGGUUUGCAUUUGGUUGGUUGGUUUGUUCUCCUAGCAAGUGUCUUA